CCUGAAGGGAGGUACAGGAAAAAAUAUUUUCGCGUGAUAAAAAAUUUUUUGUCCCGUGGCGGGCCCCCCCCCUUACGAAGUUGGCCCCCCCGCCUUGAAAAAUUUCUGCGUACGCCACUGUAUAUAUCAGUAAUUUUUUUCUUCUAAUAAAGUGAUUGAAAAUUGACAGUGUUAGAGAUUCAUGACCUGUGCUCUCUGAUUAGCAAAAUUUUUGCAUACAAAGAAUGAUCGCAGCGCAAGAUCAAAGUACUAAAUAACAAUGAAGAGCUUUCAUUCAUAUGGCAUUUGACAAGAGAACACUUCGAAACUAAACCAAAAAUUAAAAAGAAAAUUUAUUUUAACAUCCAGAAAGGCAAGUUCCCUUGAAAGCUGUAGUAUUCAUCUUCUUUAGUACAUUUCCUAUUUUAUUUUUUUGCAAAUGAUGUUUUAUAUCGUUGAUAAUUUUUCUUCAUAAUUUCUAAAGAUAAGUAUCGUAUUGAUACAAAGAUUUGAAUUCAUUUAUGAAUAAAAAAACCUAUAAAUAUUUGUUUUGGUUUUUCAUUUUAGAUUGAUCAUCCAACUGCUUUAGGUUUAAAUGUUGGUGAUGAAUUACAAGUCAAAUAUUUUGGUCGUGACCCUGUAUCAGGUACAAUGCGUCUUUCACGAAAAAUUCUACUUAGUACCGGUAAUAUUGGACCAAUACGAAAUAUGGUAUCAACUGACCAAGAUAAAAAACGUCCUGGUAUAUGGGAUACUCGAUCAUUAAAAACACCAUCAUCUAAUGAAACAAAUCCAAUUGAGAAUAAAAAAUAG